GGAGUGGAAAAUGUAUGAGGAGAAUGAAUACGCGGAUGAAGCUUUAGAAAAGAAUAUUGAAAGAGACGAAGAAGAAUACGAGGAGGACGAUGGGGGUGGCGAUAUCGGGCAAGAGGAUGCAUGGGCGGUGAUCAGUGCAUAUUUUGAGGAGAAAGGUCUGGUGAGGCAGCAACUCGACUCCUUCGACGAGUUCAUACAGAACACUAUGCAAGAAAUCGUCGACGAGGCUUCUUACAUUGAGAUCCGCCCCGAGGCUCAGCAUAAUCCCGGUCGUCAAUCCGACUUUGUUGAGACAAUUUAUAGGAUCAAGUUUACUCAGAUAUACCUGAGUAGGCCUAUGAUGACAGAGUCUGAUGGAGAGACUAAUACCUUAUUCCCAAAGGCUGCGAGGUUGAGGAACCUCACAUACUCAUCACCAUUGUACGUGGAUGUCGAAAAGGAAGCGAUAAAGAGGGGCCAUGACUAUGAAGAAGUCACAGAGAGUCAGGAAUUUACCAAAGUUUUCAUUGGGAAGAUUCCUAUAAUGCUUAGGUCCAGUUAUUGCAGCUUGUAUAACCUAUCAGAGAAAGACUUAACAGAGUUGGGAGAGUGUCCUUAUGAUCAAGGUGGAUACUUCAUAGUUAAUGGUAGUGAAAAGGUUCUGAUUGCUCAGGAAAAGAUGAGCACCAACCAUGUCUAUGUGUUUAAGAAACGACAGCCAAACAAAUAUUCCUAUGUAGCUGAAGUCCGGUCUAUUGCCGAGGGCCAAAACAAGUCGCCUAGCAGCAUGUUUGUCAGGAUGCUUUCCAAAACAACUUCCAAAGGGGGAUCCUCAGGACAAUAUAUAUAUGCUACUCUUCCUUACAUAAGGACUGAAGUGCCUAUUAUAAUUGUAUUUCGAGCAUUAGGUUUCGUAGCAGAUAAAGAUAUAUUAGAGCAUAUCUGCUAUCACUUUGAAGAUCCUAAAAUGAUGGAACUGCUUCGCCCAUCUUUGGAAGAGGCAUUCUUGAUUCAAAAUCAGCAGGUUGCUCUCGACUAUAUUGGGAAAAGAGGAUCGACAGUUGGGGUCACCAAAGAGAAAAGGAUCAAGUAUGCUAGAGAGAUUCUGCAAAGGGAAAUGCUUCCACAUGUUGGUACUAGAGAGUAUUGUGAGACUAAAAAGGCCUACUAUUUUGGAUACAUCAUCAAUCGGCUUUUACUCUGUGUACUUGGCCGAAGGCCAGAAGAUGACAGGGAUCACAUGGCAAAUAAGAGGCUGGACCUUGCUGGUCCUUUGUUGGCAGGCUUAUUUCGAAUGUUAUUCAGAAAGCUAACCAGAGAUGUGAGAUCGUAUGUUCAAAAGUGUGUUGACAGUGGGAAGGAUGUAAAUUUGCAAUUUGCCAUUAAAGCAAAAACUAUUACAAGUGGGCUCAAGUACUCUCUUGCAACUGGGAACUGGGGGCAAGCAAAUGCAGCUGGUACAAGGGCAGGAGUUUCUCAGGUUUUGAAUCGCUUGACAUUCGCCUCGACCCUUUCCCAUUUGCGCAGAUUGAACUCACCCAUCGGGCGUGAGGGUAAAUUAGCAAAACCUCGACAAUUGCACAAUUCUCAUUGGGGAAUGAUGUGUCCAGCAGAAACACCCGAAGGACAAGCCUGUGGACUGGUAAAGAAUCUUGCGCUGAUGGUCUACAUAACUGUUGGAUCAGCGGCAAAUCCCAUACUAGAGUUUUUGGAGGAAUGGAGCACAGAAAAUUUUGAGGAAAUAUCUCCUGCAGUUAUCCUUGAAGCUACCAAGAUUUUUGUAAAUGGCACCUGGGUUGGCAUUCAUCGUAACCCUGAGUUGUUAGUGAAGACACUGAGACAAUUGAGGAGACAGGUAGAUGUCAACACUGAAGUUGGAGUGAUUCGUGACAUACGAUUGAAAGAACUCCGCUUAUACACAGACUAUGGCCGUUGUAGUCGUCCGUUAUUUAUUGUGGAUAACAAAAGACUACUGAUCAAGAAGAAAGAUAUUAUGAUGCUGCAGGAAAGAGAGUCCCCUGAGGAAUGUGGCUGGCAUGAUCUUGUGGCAAAAGGAUUUAUCGAGUAUAUUGAUACAGAAGAAGAGGAGACUACAAUGAUAGCGAUGACAAUGAAUGACCUUGCAAAUUCAAGGAUAGAAGCAGAGGACGUAUCUACAAGUCAGUACACGCACUGUGAAAUUCAUCCAUCGCUUAUAUUGGGGGUUUGCGCAUCAAUUAUACCUUUUCCAGAUCACAACCAGUCCCCUCGUAAUACUUACCAAUCAGCCAUGGGAAAGCAAGCAAUGGGAAUUUAUGUUACAAAUUACCAGUUUCGAAUGGAUACAUUGGCUUAUGUUCUUUACUAUCCUCAGAAGCCUCUGGUCACUACCCGUGCAAUGGAACAUUUGCAUUUUAGACAGCUCCCAGCUGGCAUUAACGCUAUUGUUGCAAUUUCCUGUUAUUCUGGAUACAACCAAGAAGAUUCUGUCAUCAUGAACCAAUCUUCAAUUGACCGUGGCUUCUUCCGAUCUCUCUUUUUCCGCUCAUACAGGGAUGAAGAAAAGAAGAUGGGAACACUUGUCAAAGAGGAAUUUGGGAAACCUGAUAGGGAGAAUACCAUGGGAAUGAGACAUGGAUGCUAUGAUAAAUUGGAUGAUGAUGGCUUUGCGCCUCCAGGAACAAGAGUCUCUGGUGAUGAUGUGAUUAUUGGAAAGACCACUCCCAUUUCUCAGGAUGAUGCUCAAGGACAACCUGCCAGAUACACAAAACGCGACCAUAGUACUAGUCUACGCCAUAGUGAAACAGGAAUCGUGGAUCAGGUUCUGAUGACCACAAAUGCAGAUGGUUUGAGAUUUGUGAAAAUAAGGAUGAGAUCUGUGCGGAUACCUCAAAUUGGAGACAAAUUCAGCAGCAGACAUGGGCAGAAGGGAACCAUUGGAAUGACUUAUACUCAAGAUGACAUGCCAUGGACACUUGAAGGCAUCACUCCAGACAUCAUUGUCAACCCGCACGCUAUUCCCUCUCGUAUGACUAUCGGUCAGCUUGUCGAGUGUGUCAUGGGAAAAGUUGCAGCUCACAUGGGAAAGGAAGGAGAUGCCACCCCUUUUACUGAUGUUACUGUGGAUAACAUCAGCAAAGCUCUGCACAAAUGUGGUUAUCAGAUGCGUGGCUUCGAGAGAAUGUACAAUGGUCACACAGGGCGAUUGAUGAGCGCAAUGAUAUUCCUGGGACCAACAUAUUACCAGAGACUGAAGCACAUGGUGGAUGACAAGAUCCAUUCUCGUGGCCGGGGUCCUGUCCAGAUUCUCACCAGGCAGCCCGCAGAAGGGAGGUCUCGAGAUGGAGGGCUGCGCUUUGGGGAAAUGGAGCGCGACUGCAUGAUAGCACAUGGAGCAGCACACUUUCUGAAAGAGAGGUUAUUCGACCAGAGUGAUGCAUACAGAGUUCAUGUAUGCAGGCACUGCGGUAUAAUUGCAAUGGCUAACCUCAAGAAAAACUCUUUCGAAUGUAGAGGCUGCAAGAACAAAACAGAUAUUAUUCAGGUGUACAUUCCAUACGCAUGCAAGCUUCUGAUACAAGAACUCAUGUCAAUGGCAAUUGCUCCAAGGAUGCUUACAAUGGAAAUAGAGAAACUACAUGAAAAGAUGAAAAAUGCAAGAUAGAGAGAGGCAAACAAAAAUGUGUAACAUACUUUCUUCAUAAGAGGAGGAAUACACAGAAGAGCAACA